CAGAAGGAAAAUGUCAUUCAUGCGGAAAAGGAUGAAAGACUGUCUCUUCGGAAGCAUCGCUUCAUGCAUUUUGCAUCAUUGGAACAUGAAGGAGAAUAUUACAUGACACCAAGAGAUUUCUUGUUCUCAGUAAUGUUUGAUCAAGUUGAACGUAAAGCCUCAGCCAAGAAACUGACAAAAAAGGAGGUAGAUGCUGCACUGCUAUGUGUUGCCAAAGCUAAACCAGGACCAACCUUUUUUAGAGAGCUUGGUGAUAAAGGCUUGAUAUCUUAUGCAGAGUACCUAUUUUUGCUGACAAUCCUUACAAAACCCCAGACUGGAUUUCAGAUUGCCUUUAAAAUGUUGGAUACAGAUGGCAAUGAACAAGUUGAAAAGAAGGAAUUUUUUAAGCUACAGAGAAUCCUUGGGAAGGAAGAUGAUUUAAAAACAUCUGGAGAAGAAACAGUAUUUCAGGGAGAACUGGAAAGCUGUGCUGUUAAUACCAUGUUGCUGGUACAUUUCUUUGGAAAAGAAGGAAAGGAAAAACUUCGCUAUUCUGAGUUUUUCAGAUUCAUGGAAAAUCUGCAAACAGAAGUCCAAGAAAUGGAAUUCAUAAAGUUUUCAAAGGGUUUGAACGUCAUGAGAAAAGAAGACUUUGCAGAAUGGUUACUGUACUUCACUGAUGAGGAAAACAAUGAAAUUUACUGGCAGAAUGUGAAAGACAGAUUUGAGGCAGGAGAGAAUAUCAGUUUGGAAGAAUUCAAGACUUUUUGCAAGUUUACAAAUAACCUGGAAGACUUUUCUAUUGCCAUGCAGAUGUUUACUGUAGCCAAUCGACCUGUUAAACGGGCUGAGUUCAAGAGAGCAGUGAAGGUAGCAACAGGACAGGAGCUCUCGGAUAAUGUUUUGGAUACCAUCUUCAAGAUUUUUGAUCUAGAUGGAGACGACUGCCUCAGCCAUGGCGAGUUUCUUGGAGUCCUGAGGAACCGAAUUCAUCGAGGUUUGAGGGUACCUCAACAGCAAGGCAUUCAAGGUUACUGGAAGUGUGUGAAGAGAGAAAGCAUUAAAGGAGCCAAAGAAGUGUGGAAGCAAGCUGGGAAAAGUCCUUUUUAAAGCAGUCCAUUUGUUUUUUUUCUAUAAGUGUAGUUAUUUAGGGGAGUUUGUCUGUGCUGUUUACGUAAUGGCUGAAUCAAAAAUACUCUUCUUUUUUUGUUACUGUAGUUUAAUUAACCCAGUUUCUAAUGCAAUGAUUUUGUAUUGUUCUAGUACGAUCAGUUUGGUUUACAGAACUGUUAUCACUUUUGACCUCCAUACGGAAAUACUCUUGUUCUAGGCAAUAGUGUUGUUUACUCCUCUGUGGAGUCUGACCCUGCACUGUAGCAUACAAGAUAUGCAGGAUUUAAUAGUGGCCACUGGCAGGAACAUCACAGCAGUAUCAUACCCUGUUGGAAGAGUAGACAUCAUCUCAGCCACUGACAUAGCAGUUCUCUUUCUCUGACAAGGACAGAAGUCCAAAAGGCAAAUCACUUGCACAAUCCAUGCAAAUCAAGUUAUCCUAAAUCAGAAAAGAAAAUUCAUAUGGUUCAUGCCCUCAUUACUGUGAACUGCUCAUGUGCUAGUUCUUGAUGGAUGAUUCCACCAGAUCCUGUGUGGAUAUCUGGUUUGUCUACCUUCAUGAUGAUAAUAUUAAACUGGAAAUACAAGACUGUUGAUACAGGCUUUAAAAGCUGUACAUUGAUCUAUGAAUGUGCAUUGAGUCUCUCAGACCUCUUCAACAAAUACUAUGAAUGCAAAGCAAAAAUCCUCAUUCAGUUAUAAACAGUGGUAGUUACAAUUUGAGUCAUAACUAUUUUGCUUUAAUUGUAUUGCAGAAGGUGAAUGUGUAGCAAAUAGUUGCUUUAUCUUACUAAAGGUUGUGACAGGGAAUGCUGCAGUAUCUCAGGAAUUCAAGUUUAUAAUAAGCAAGGGUUGGGGGAGUAAUAAGUCCAAUGAAAAAGUAAAUACAAAUAUUUAUGACUCCAAAAUGCAAAGUUAGACAUAGGAUCUUAAACAGUAAAACAAGGAAUAGAUUAAAAAAAAGACCCAUUUAGCAACUGUAGAUGAACAUUUUUUGGCUAUAACAGAGUGUACAUCUAUGUGUACACAGCUGUGCACGUUGCACAUUUUUUCCUUUCUUACUACCUUAGAAGCCAAUAGUCUCAGGUCCAGAUGAGUCUUCCUAGUUGGCCACAAUAUAUAGGAGAUAGACUUAUCCUGUAAAGCUCUCAAGGUUCUUCCUCUUUCCCCCUCUCAGAUGUCUGACUUGUCUUUGCUGGGGUAAAAGCUUAACCUUUCAAGACAGGUUUGUGAUAACAGACUCAAAAGAUGGAAUAGGGAAAUGUCUCAAGAAAAACAAGAAAUCUCACCACUCUGUGAGGACGUAUCCAUCCCUUUUAAGCAUGACACUAGCUAUGUUAUUCUCAAAGUUGUAUAUAAGCUCAACGGGAGAUGUUUUGUUGUAAUUUCUUUGGGUUUUGGUGGGGGGAGUCUUGAGAAGAGCAGAACCUUCCAUGGUAGAUAGACAUCAGAGCAGCCCUCACUCCGAGGAGAGACAGGAGAGUCUGCAUUAGGAAACCAUAAAGAUCCCACCUAAGGAGUACUGAGAUUACAGAGAAAGUAUUUGGUCCUCCUACCUGAGCCUCAGUGCAGUGGUCUCUCCUAGGGAAAUAGAGUGGGAAGCUAGCAAAGCAGCUCUUCUCUCUACAGCCUCCACUCAGAGCUUUAAUUUAAAUUGUGUUAAAUAGAAAAUGCUUGUAUUCUUGUCCUCUGUGGACAUGCACCCAGGGUCACCCACCAGAACAAGAGCAUCCCUGUGUGGGGACCUGAGACUGUCUGGAAGUUCAGGCACCAGUGACCGUCAAGGAUCCUUUUUCCCCCAGAAAACAAUCCAAAUGAAAUGCAAUGCAAUAAAUGCCUCAGCCACCCCACUCAAUCUGAACUCAUGCACUGUGCUGUGGGCAACAAGAAAUAAGAUAGCUGGUUUACUUUGUGCAUUUGGAAGUUGCUUGCUGCUUCUGGGGAUGGGAGCUAUGACUGAGAGAGAGCUCACAGGAGCAAAGGUGGGGCAGUGGGACUGGCAUCCGAGCACUGCAGCCAGCUUCACGUCACCAAAGAAAAAGACACAAUUGAGCAAAGCACUUCUAUGUCACAAAAGUGUGUGUUCACCCAAAGUGUGCUUUGUUCCCGCUCUGGAACAAAGGCUUGAAUGCAAGGCUGCCUUUUACUUGUUGCUGUUAAUAUUUUGGCAAUUCAUGUUUACUUUAGAAAGGAGAUUAUUAUUUAACAUUUUAUUCUGUGUAAUGUUAAUAGCUUUAUGAUAGUUUUUAUUACUUUUGUGGUUUCUUUUGUUUACUAAUUACUUGCUUACUACAAGCUGUUUGGUUUUUCUUUUGGCAAAAUCAAUUCAUUUAGCUUUAAUGCAUCUAGAAUUCCUCAUUGCUCAUGUGUAUCUGGGUUUGUGCAAUUGGCAGUAUCUGCUUUCAGCAGUAAGUUACUAAAAACAGGAUUUCAAGUUUUACUUUUUAAUAUAAGUUUUGGUGUGAACUUCAGAGGAAAAAGGAAAAUAGAUAUGCUUAUUUUUAAAUUAACUAUGUUCCAUGUGUGUGUAGU